AUGAGUAGAAUUGCUGCGACCAACCGCUCGGACACUGCACUGCAAACCCAAGUUGAGAUCAGGGAUGAACAGGUUGCAUUCCUGGAGGAGCGUUCUCGUGACCUGACGCUUAGGAGCUCGAGACAUGGGAACGGCCCGAUAGGUGCUACAGAGGAAUUGCAUCCAGAGAACGCUAAGGCUAAUGCGACAACAGCAGAAACGAAGAUGACAUUCCCACCUCAGUACUACGACGACAGGGGCGAGGAGGUCCAGCACGGCGAGCUUGACCUCGAUCAACUGGCAACUUUGCUAGAGGAUGAGAUCAGAAAGGAGGGAAAGCAUAUAUCAGCAUUGGAGGAGCAACUUACAGAGAAGGUAGAGCAACUCGACCCAAUUUCAGACUCGUCUGCUCUUCAGCCCAGCCAUAACGUCGAGGACCUGAGGAAUGCACUGGAGGCAAUGCAAGUAUCAAGCGCGUCCGGUACACUCAAAGCAGCUGCGCCAAACACUGAUCCAGCAACGGGUAGCGACAUUAUGCGGCAACUGUCCAAGCCUGGUGUCAAUACCGUCAAGACGGACCCAGAGGACGACCUUGCAACGCUCUAUGGCACUUCUACCAUGGCAGCUCCCCCCGCUGGCUCUAGGGGAGCGCCUUCGAUGUCUACGGGCAGUUACAAGAGUCUAGGCAUUCCUUGGCACGGAGGCCCUCAACGCAAGACAGUGCUCGUUGAUGUUGAGUCCCAGGCCAAAGUGGCCAGCAUCGGCAAAGGCUGA